CCCAUCAUCAAUGGAAGUUCGUGGAAGAGAAGAGACAGAGAGAUGGAUAAAGCAUUACUCGUCAGCCCAUAGUAUACUGUUGGUGGGCGAAGGAGAUUUCUCCUUCUCUUUGUGUUUGGCUAUGGCUUUUGCUUCUGCCACUAACAUUGUUGCCACUUCGCUCGACUCUUAUGAUGAUUUGAUCAAGAAAUACAAGAAUGCGAAAGCAAAUUUGGCCUAUUUGAAAGUGCUUGGGGCUUCCCUGUUACAUGGAGUGGAUGCAACCAAAAUGAGGAUUCUUCCUGUUUUCCAGUGGAAGAAAUUUCAUAGGAUUAUUUUUAACUUUCCACAUGCUGGUUUUUACGGGAGGGAAGAUAAUCCAGAUCUUAUUACGAUGCAUAGGAAUCUCGUCCGUGGAUUCUUAAUGAAUGCAAGCAGCAUGCUGCUGCCUGAUGGUGAAAUUCAUGUUAAUCACAAAGUUACGGCUCCAUUUGGCAGUUGGAACCUCGAGGAUCUUGCAUCAGAAUAUUUUUUACUUUAUGUCGGACAGGAUGAUUUCAGGAUUGAAGACUACCCAGGUUACAAUAAUAAAAGAGGAUCGGGCUUCAGAUCUGAUGAGCCAUUUCCACUAGGUGAAUGCAGAACCUUUAAGUUCAAACUCUGGCCCGGUGUUCAGGGGUUCGAUUUGAUCCAAACAAUGCCUCCUGAGUUCCAGGUUCCUGUUAAGAUGCAACAGCAGCCCGUUCCAUUAGUCAGGCCUUCCAGGUAUAAUGAUGUCCACUUGUCUAAUGGACUAAGAUUAAACAUUGACCAUAAAAAAGAGUGCCAUAGGAUAUUUGGUGCUUAUCUUGAUCACGUGGAGCAAACAUUUGGAAGCACUAGUUAUGAUGUGUAUCAUUCUGUUCGGGAAGCUUUGAGGCUUGGCUUUGAGAUGUACAUGGCUGCAGAGCCCGGGAGACCCCCGAGUGGUUAUAUUGGAAUUCUGGAAGAACUUCACCAUUUGUGCGUUUUGAGAUCCCAACGACUGAGACAGAUGCUAUUGACUCUUGAUCAGCAACAUUGAGCAAGUAGUUCUGUUAAGGGCCCUGGCCUGGUAAAUAUGCCUUUUUAUCCAUGUGCUGGGUCCUAUACAAUGCUGUAUGGUUUCCCAGCAUCCACCAUUUUGUUGAACUGUUAGAAAUGUGGAGCUUGCUAUAUCAAGAAUCAAAAUUAAAUAAUCUAAAGCGUGUCGACGUUUGUAAUGAAGAAUCAUUGUUCAAACAUUUGCCUGAAUUUUUGGGAUAAUUUCACGCACUUUUAAUUCUCAGAAA